GCAUGCACACAAGCAUCAGUGAGAUCUUGAAGGGGAAGACGCUGAAGCCGUCCCGUCGCAGCCUGCCCUGCCUGGCCCAGAGCCAGACACACCCACAGAGCCUCAACCGCUUUCUGUCCAUGCCCUGCACCCCCAACGACAAGCCCCAGACACACCCACGGGUAGGGCUGGGAGUUGGCAGGGAUUUUAUCACAAUACUUAAGUCAGUAGUUCUAAAAACCACUUCUCGGGGAUCCCGAGAUGUUUCACAAUUAUGUUGUAGCCCUGAACAAGCUCACCGGAUUAAUCUAAUCAAGGCCUUGAUUAGUUGACAAGUUGAAUCAGGUCUGGAAUAGAGAACAACAUUUUACGUCUGGGGGGUCCCCGAGGAGGGGUUUGAGAACCAAUGAUUCAAUACAUAUUGUGAUUCUAUGUACAGUGCAUUCGGAAAGUAUUCAGACCCCUUCCCCUUUUCCACAUUUUGUUACGUUACAGCCUUAUUCUAAAAUUGAUUGAUGAGGAAAUACAUUCAUGCAAUCUACACACAAUACCCCAUAAUGACAAAGCGAAGACAGGUUUUAUACAUUUUUGCUAAUUGUAUUCAGACCCUUUGCUAUGAGACUAGAAAUUGAACUCAGGUGCAUCCUGUUUCCAUUGAUCAUCCUAAAUGUUUCUACAACUUGAUUGGAGUCCACCUGUGGUAAAUUCAAUUGAUUGGACAUGAUUUGGAAAGGCACACACCUGUCUAUAUCAGGUCCCACAGUUGAUAGUGCAUGUCAGAGCAAAAACCAAGCCAUGAGGUCGAAGGAAUUGUCCGUAGAGCUCCGAGACAGGAUUGUGUCGAGGCACAGAUCUGAGGAAGGGUACUAGAGCUGGCCGCCUGGCCAAACUGAGCAAUCAGGGGAGAAGGGCCUUGGUCACGAAGGUGACCAAGAACCCGAUGGUCACACUUGACAGAGCUCCAGAGUUCCUCUGUGGCGAUGGGAGAACCUUCCAGAAGGACAACCAUCUCUGCAGCACUCCACCAAUCAGGCAUUUUAUGGUAGAGUGGCCAGACGAAAGCCACUCCUCAGUAAAAGGCACAUGACAGCCCGCUUGGAGUUUGCCAAAAGGGACCUAAAGGACUCUGACCAUGAGAAACAAGAUUCUCUGGUCUGAUGAAAGCAAGAUUGAACUCUUUGGCCUGAAUGCCAAGCGUCACGUCUGGAGGAAACCUGGCACCAUCCCUACGGUGAAGCAUGGUGGUUGCACCAUCAUGCUGUGGGAAUGUUUUUCAGCGGCAGGGACUGGGAGACUGGUCAGGAUUGAGGCAAAGAUGAACGGAACAAAGUACAGAGAGAUCCUUGAUGAAAACCUGCUCCAGAGCGCUUAGGACCUCAGAUUGGGGCGAAGGUUCACCUUCCAACCGGACAACGACCGUAACCACACAGCCAAGACAACGCAGGAGUGGCUUCGGGACAAGUCUCUGAAUGUCCUUGAGUGGCCCAGCCAGAGCUCGGACUUGAACCCGAUCGAACAUCUCUGGAGAGACCUGAAAAUAGCUCUGCAGCGACACUCCAUAUCCAACCUGACAGAGCUUGAGAGGAUCUGCAGAGAAGAAUGGGAGUAACUCCGCAAAUACAGGUGUGCCAAGCUUGUAGCGUCAUACCCAAGAAGACUCAAGGCUGUAAUCGGUGCCAACGGUGCUUCAACAAGUUACUGAGUAAAGGGUCUGAAUACUUACGGUACCAGUCAAAAUUUGGACACAUCUACUAAUUCCAGGGUUUUUCUUUAUUUUUACUAUUUUCUACAUUGUAGAAUAAUAGUGAAGACAUCAAAACUAUGAAAUAACACAUAUGGAAUCAUGUAGUAACCAUAAGUGUUAAACAAAAUCAAAAUAUAUUUUAUAUAUUUGCCUUGAUGACAGCUUUGCAUACUCUUGGCAUUCUCUCAACCAGCUUCAUGAGGAUGUAUUUCUGGAAUGUAUUUCAAUUAACAGGUGUGCCUUAUUAAUUUGUGGAAUUUCUUUCCUUCUUAAUGUGUUUCUGCCAAUCAGUUGUGUUGUGACAAGGUAGGGGUGAUAUACAGAAGAUAGCGUCUUUAGUAAAAGACCAAGUCCAUAUUAUGUCAAGAACAGCUCAAAUAAGCAAAGAGAAACGACAGUCCAUUACUUUAAGACAUGAAGGUCAGUCAAUCCGGAAAAUUCCAAUAACUUUGAACGUUUUUUUCAAGUGCAUUCUCAAAAACCAUCAAGCCCUAUGAUGAAACUGGCUCUCAUGAGUACUGCCACAGGAAAGGAAGACCCAGAGUUACAUCUGCUGCAGAGGAUAAGUUAAUUAGAGUUACCAGCCUCAGAAAUUGCAUCUCAAAUAAAUGCUUCACAUAUUAACAGACGCAUCUCAACUGUUCAGAGGAGACUGUGUGAAUCAUGGUCAAAUUGCUGCAAAGAAAACACUACUAAAGGACACCAAUAAGAGGAAGAGACUUGAAUGGGCCAAGAAACACGAGCAAUGGACAUUAGACUGGUGGAAACUGUCCUUUGGUCUGAUGAUUCCAAAUUUGAGAUUUUUGGUUCCAACCACCGUGUCUUUGUGAGAUGCAGAGUUGGUCAACGGAUGAUCUCCUUGUGUGGUUCCCACCGUGAAGCAUGGAGGAGGAGGUGUGAUGGUGUGGGGGUGCUUUGCUGGUGACACUGUCUGUGAUUUAUUUACAAUUCAAAACACUCUUAACCAGCAUGGCUACCACAGUAUUCUGCAGCGAUACGCCAUCCCAUCUGGUUUGCGCUUAGUGGGACUAUCAUUUGUUUUUCAACAGGACAAUGACCCAACACACCUCCAGGCUGUCUAAGGGCUAUUUGACCAUCAGAUGACCUGGCCUCCUCAACCCAAUUGAGAUGGUUUGGGAUGAGUUGGACCGCAGAGUGAAGGAAAAGAAGCCAACAAGUGCUCAGCAUAUGUGGGAACUCCUUCAAAAGCAUUCCAGGUGAAGCUGGUUGAGAGAAUGCUAAGAGUGUGCAAAGCUGUCAUCAAGGUAAAGGGUGGCUACUUUGAGGAAUCUAAAAUCUAAAAUACUUUCUUUGUUUACUACAUGAUUCGAUCGAUUGAUGUAUUAUUUCGUAGUUUGUCUUCACUAUUAUUCUACAAUAUAGAAAAUAGUAAAAUGUAAGAAAAACCCUUGAAUGAGUAGGUGUGUCCAAACUUUUGACUUGUACUGUAUGUAAAUGUCAUAUUUCAGUUUUUUUAUUUUUAAUACAUUUGCAAAAAUUUCAAAAACUGUUUUUUGCUUUGCCAUCAUGGGAUAUUGUGGGUAGGUUGAAGGGGAAAAAACAAUUUAAUCAAUUUUAGAAUAAGGCUGUAACGUAACAAAAUGUGGAAAAAGUGAAGGUGUCUGAAUAUUUUCCCGAAUGCACUGUAUGUAUCAUGAUUAUAUCGAUUGAGAUUUGAUAUUCCAAACAUAUUGCUCAUUUUAUGUCUGCUGCAGAGAGACGAGAGGGCCGUGAGAAGCUAUAGGACGAUAAAUAGCAGGUGCAGCCGACUAGCUGGAUCUAUUUUUCCUCUUCUGUCUGCAGUCUGAGCUCCAGGACCGGACACACGCCCAGGUCCAGACCCAGCAGGCCGACCCCUGGCUACAGCACCAGGGCCAGGACCACUCUCAGCUCCAGACCCAACCCCAGACCCAGCCUCUUACCCACAGUCACAGCACCCCCUGCACCCUCAUCUCCUCCAAGACAGGUCAGUCGGUCGGUCGGUCUGUGUGUCAGUCUGUCUGUCUGUUCUUCACACAGCCUGUCAGAGAUUUAGACACAUUCCACAGCGAUUUACAGUGCAUACCGUUUUUUAGUGUUCUGUCUCCUAGAGAUGAACGUACUUUGGUGCGAAAAGUGCAUAUCAAUCCCAGAACAACAGCAAAGGACCUUGUGAAGAUGCUGGAGGAAACAGGUACAAAAGUAUCUAUAUCCACAGUAAAACGAGUCCUAUAUCGACAUAAUGAAAGGCCGCUCAGCAAGGAAGAAGCCACUGCUCCAAAACCGCCAUUAAAAAAGCCAGACUACGGUUUGCAACUGCACAUGGGGACAAAGAUUGUACUUUUUGGAGAAAUGUCCUCUGGUCUGAUGAAACAAAAAUAGAACUGUUUGGCCAUAAUGACCAUCGUUAUGUUUGGAGGAAAAAGGGGAAGGCUUGCAAGCCGAAGAACACCAUCCCAACCGUGAAGCACAUUUACAUUUUUGUCAUUUAGCAGACGCUCUUAUCCAGAGCUUACAGUUAGUGAAUACAUAUUAUUAGUACUUUUUAUUUUUUUAUACUGGCCCCCCAUGGGAAUCGAACCCACAACCCUGGCGUUGCAAACGCCAUGCUCUAUCAACUGAGCUACAUCCCUGCCGGCCAUUCCCUCCCCUACCCUGGACGACGCUGGGCCAAUUGUGCGCCGCCCAUGAGUCUCCCGGUCGCGGCCGGCUGCGACAGAGCCUGGAUUCGAACCAGGAUCUCUAGUGGCACAGUUAGCACUGCGAUGCAGUGCCUUAGACCACUGCGCCACUCAGGAGCUAAUAACUGCAAUAACUAUCAAUAAUAAUUAUAAUAACUAUUACGAAUUAUAUUGUGUCCUUUUUCUGAUGUUAUAAUUGUAGUCUAUUCCAUCACUUUAGUUUAAAAUAUAAAUUUAUUUAUAACAAAUCCAGAACCCACCACAGGCUGGCGCUAUUCCCCCAGAACAACAGCCAAUGCCACUUGCUUCUCGACGGACAGCACCGCUGUUUUCAAACGUGUAGAAUACAUUCCAGGUCCGAUUCCCCUCCUGUCAUGAGUAUAAUCUACAUUAACACUGUGUCAAGUUACUUUUCAGUGUGUUCCCAGAAAAUCAGAAGUUGCCAUCAACAAGUAAAAAGUAGUCAGGGGGUGCGGGUGCUGCACACGGUGCACCCAGGUAAAACAACGUCAGAAUCUUUGAAGGGGUUCGAUUAAUCUCGCCCGGGCACACGUGUACUCGUGUUUUACUCCGGCUGAAAAGUUGAUCGCAUUCGAUUUGGAAACGGGCUGCCUCCCGGAAAGUGAGCCAGGUGUCUGCUCUGUCUGACGACGAAGUUUGGCUCAAAACAAAAAAAUUACGUAAUUAAGCACGUGUAGUAAUGAGUAGGAUUCUGUGUUUUCAUAAUGCAAAAGUGAUUGCUUUUGAUUAAAAAAAACGCAUUAUCUGCCUUCCCUCCCCACUCGGCCAAAUCUCUGCUUGCGACAUGCUGUGAGCAGUCAAAAGAAAAUGACAUGCUUGCUAACUUUGUUAACUAUGUGAUUUAAAUGAGUCUGUUUUCAACAAAUUAACUGUUUUAGACUUGUAUUAUAUAUUUUUAUUAUUAUAUAUUUUUAUUUGGUAUUUUACCCCCUUUUUCUACCCAAUUACGAUCUUGUUUCAUCGCUGCAACUCCCCAACGGGCUCGGGAGAGGUCUCUGGUUGAGAGAAAUUUCCUAGAGUGUGCAAAGCUGUCAUCAAGGUACGGAGCUGUGAGGGGAACGGCACCUCCGUACCUUCAGGCUCUGAUCAGUCCCUACACCCAAACGAGGGCAUUGCGUUCAUCCACCUCUGGCCUGCUGGCCCCCCUACCUCUGCGGAAGCACAGUUCCCGCUCAGCCCAGUCAAAGCUGUUCGCUGCUCUGGCACCCCAAUGGUGGAACAAGCUCCCUCACGACGCCAGGACAGCGGAGCCACUCACCACCUUCCGGAGACAUUUGAAACCCCACCUCUUUAAGGAAUACCUGGGAUAGGAUAAAGUAAUCCUUCUACCCCCCCCCCCCCCCCCCCCCCCCCCCUCUUUAAAAAAAAAAAUAACCAAUUUGUAAGUCGCUCUGGAUAAGAGCGUCUGCUAAAUGACGUAAAUGUAAAUGUAAUCAAGGCAAAGGGUGGCUAUUUGAAGAAUCUCAAAUAUAAAAUAUAUUUUGAUUUGUUUAACACUUUUUUUUUGGUUACUACAUGAUUCCAUAUGUGUUAUUUCAUAGUUUUAAUGUCUUCACUAUUAUUCUACAAUGUUGAAAAUUGUAAAAAAUAAAGAAAAAUCCUUGAAUGAGUAGGUGUGUCCAAACUUUUUACUGGUACUGUAUGUAAAUGUGAUUUUUUUUUUAUAAAUUCGCAAACAAAAAGUCAACGGGUCUGAAUACAUUCCGAAUGCACUGUAUAUGUAUAUUCAGAAAAUCAGCUGGGAAAACUGGUUGAAAGGACAUCAUUAUAACAGAAACUGGUUCAAAUGACGUUUUGAGAUUAUUAUGACAUUAUUUCAACCAGUUUUCCCCUGUUUUGCCUGCUGGGUAACAUUUCAGAAUGUAGUGCUUUUGAAGAAAGUAUAGGAAGGAACAGCAUUGUUCAAGUGAUGCUUUGCAGCAUGACAUAACAUGACAUGACAUCCAAACAUUAAGAAUACAAAUACUGUCUUGACCUUUUACAGAUCAUCCUGUAUCUGUCUGUCUGUCAGAAGCUGUGAAGGUCCACUAUGGGGAGGAGUCGGAAGCUGUGAAAGUCCACUAUGGGGAGGAGUCAGAAGCUGUGAAGGUCCACUAUGGGGAGGAGUCAGAAGCUAGUGUGUACGAGGCAGGAAGGACAGAUGAGUCGUUUCUCAUUCAGAAAAAUGCAGUCCGAGCCAAAUUAGAGGCACGCGCAGAUUUCCUUCAGGUACCACAAACACAAGCACACAUGCACACAUGCACACACAGUAAAAAAAAAAAAAAAAAAAAAAAAGAUUGGCCGUCAGGCGUGUCAAUCACCCGGCUAUUCCAACCAAUCAGGACGCUUGGAAGCACAGCAGGGCUCCUUCCUCGACACCUCAAGUUAGCGCGUUUACAUGCUGUUAAAAGAGGAAGAAAGUGCUGACGGACUAUUCACAUGCUGUUUCCUAACCUAUACCAUUUGAAAUAAGACCACACAAGUAGAUAAAACAUCUUCAAAUGGAAGCGGUGUGGUUCCGUGUGAGGUGGUGACCAAGCGUACAGUUAUGGGCCUCAACAUCACGUUCUGACCAGACAACCCUAGAGUGGUCAGAUCUAUGUCAAUCAGCACAUAAGUACAUUGCAGGUGAGGGCUCAAAGCCAACCGCUCAUGACGAGCUCCAGCUAGCCAUUUUUUCACACGCACACCCACCCACCCACCCAAUAACCAGAAUGACACUGCACCAAUCUCUUUCAAUGUCUCACAGUUACGCAGCUUUGAAACAUUUGAUUGAGGCUAACUAUCAAGCAUUAAUGAAGUUAUUCUCUGUUUUGCACCACACUAAAUGCUGUUUAAAACAUGAAUCUAUUUGAGGUUAUUAAUAUGUUUUAGUUGAUAAAAAAACAACAAGUUGUUGACAUAAGCGUUUAUGAAUUGCUUAUGUACUGCUUAUGAAUGUGUUAUACAGGCUUUGUAGGUACCCUUCAAAUAAAGUAUUACUGAUAAACACUUAUUGCCGUAGGGGACCAACCCCGGGAAGCCAUCUGGUCUGCUGUUCAGAGAUGGGAAGAGGCGUAUCGAUUACAUCCUGGUCUAUAAGAAGUCCAGUCCUCUGGUGGAGAAGAGAGUCACCUUCGAGAGGAACCUGAGAGCUGAGGGGGUGAUGCUGGAGAAGGAGGUAGGGUACAUGUGUCACAGUAAAUAACGGGUCGGCAACAGGGGGCCUCCGGCCAAAACCGGCCCGCGAGUUAUACUUUCUUUUAGGAUUUUAGUUUUGGGUAAAAAAAAAAAAAAAAAAAGAGACAAAAAUCACUUCAUUCAGCAAAAAAGGAGUUUAAUUUUUGGAAAUCUGUUCCCAAGUAUUCCUACGAAUACAUAGGCCCACCCAAUUGGGAGACAGGCCCAGCCAAUAGAGUUUUUCCCUACAAAAGGGCUUUAUUACAUACAGAAAUACUUUUCAGUUUCAUCAGCUGUCCGGGUGGCUGGUCUCGGACGAUCCCGCAGGUGAAGAAGCCGGAUAUGGAGGUCCUGGGCUUGCAUAGUUAUGUGGUCUGCAGUUGUGAGGCUGGUAGGACAUACUGCCAAAUUCUCUAAAAACGACGUUGGAGGCGGCUUAUGGUAGAGAAAUGAACAUUAAAUUAUCUGGAAACGGCUCUGGUGGACAUUGCUGCACUCAGCAUGCCAAUUGCACACUCCCUCAAAACUGGAGACAUCUGUGGCAUUGUUGUGACAAAACUGCACAUUUUGGUGGCAUUUUAUGUCCUCAGCACAAGGUGCACCUUUGUAAUGAUCAUGCUGUUUAAUUAGCUUGUUGAUAUGCCACACCUGUCAGGUGGAUGGAUCAUCUUGGUCAAAGGAGAAAUGCUCGAGGUUGUAAACAAAUUUCUGCACAAAAUUUGAGAUAAAUAAGCUUUUUGUGCAUAUGGUAAAUUUCUGGGAUCUUUUAUUUCACCUCAUUUAAUAUAGGAUAUACUCUACUACUGUAUACUACAACUACAUUAAUAUAGUACAUACUCUUUCCUAUUAAUGACAAAGUUUUUCUUCGUCUUCGUAUUUUGCUACAGAGAAUGUUUAUGCCUUGAAUUUGUUUUAACAACUGUUGAUCAAAAGUGGUGUUCCACUGGGCACAGACGUCUGUUCAACGUCUACUUUUGGUUGAGUUGUCAACUAAACAUGAAAUCAACCAAAAAUGUCACCAUGUCAUUGUAUUUAGGUUAAGUUGGGUGAAAGAAAGUGUUGAUUACUUUUUUGCAUAUCCAAUCAGUUUCCCACAUUGAUUUAAUGUCAUCACAAACUUUUUUUGUUGAAAUGACGUGGAAACAAUGUUGAUUCAACCAGUUGUUUGUCCAGUGGGGUGGCACUCGUGAGCAUAUUCUCAAACAUUGUCAUCAUGUCUUUGAAAUGAUAUUCUCAAAUAUUGUCACAAGCUAAUUUCCAAUUUCGUCCCCUUGAAAGCCGUCUCUGACCAACACCGACAUAUUGUUUGUGAAGAUCCAUGCUCCCUGGGACACACUCUGUAAAUACGCUGAGCAGAUGAAUAUCAGGAUGCCAUUCAGGUAACACGUCCUAUGAAUACCCUCUACGUAAUGCGUUAUAAACACAUCUAUAACGCCUCAAGAGCUGUACAUAAUGCAUUGUAAUGCACGACAUAAGCGCUAAUAACCACUCAUAAACAUCUAUGACAACAGCUCAUUCCAUAAAGCAUUAUGAUCUCUCGUAUGGCUUUGAUCCGUUUGGAUUCUUUGACCCAACCGAUAGUGCCAUCUAAUUUUAUUGUUUAAUUUUUUUCAGGAAAAAAAUGUACUUUACGGAUUGCAAGAGUAAAGCUAUGGGCAGGUACGUGAAUUUACAUGAUUAUCCUAUUACGAUCAGGCGCAGUGUGAUGCUGAGCUGACUGGCUGAGCACUGCAGAGCACUUCUAAUGAAGAUACAGGAUCAGGAGCAUUCAGCACAGCCCCUGUUGACAUCACUGUGAGCUCUAGCAGUUAUUUUAAGAUGCAGCCAUCAUCGGCCGAUCAGGGAAGCUAGAUGAGGGUCAUUGUCAUUUGAUGGUGCUGAGGCUGUUAUUUUAAUUUGUAGAAUAGAGAUAGAGAUAAUAUUAUUUGUGUGAUAGGACAGUGGGGAGUUACGGAUAGAGUGAGAUAGAGGUAGAAAUGGCACCGACGGGAAAGCAGGGGAGUUGCGUGGUCUUGGGUCGACAGUCCCACUGCUACACCAGACUCCAGCACUCCGGAUGUUGUAUUAAAGAUGCAGCCGUUGCUCAUGGGCCGUCAGGGAGUUAGGUAGGAGAGGGUAAACUGUCAUUUGAUCACAGAGGGUGAAUGGGUCAACCUGUCAUUGAGCUCUACCCCAGAGGACUUUUAAUUCAUGAUUUUAAUUAAUUCGUUCAGGAUAAGUUUAUCCUGCUAUUUAAACCUGUUAUGUUGUGUGUACAAAUGUGAGAUAAUAAGCUCUUUUAAACCCAAUAAUAAGUCACCCUGAAUCAUUAAAGACUGUCUGCUGCAAAGUAAAUCAGUGAUAAUAAUGCGGUCUUCUAUUGAGUAUUUGCCUGUAAAAUGCUAAAAUGUGAUUUCCAUGUGAUUUAAUUAUUAUCAUUGAUCAAAUAAAACGAUAUCUGGUAUAAUCCUGGUAAUUUAACCCUGUGUGGUCUGUUGCUAGGUUAAUCCGGGUAAAUGAAUCUGUUUUUCUCUGUGUCCUCUCUCCCUGAAGCCGGUUCCAUCGGAGGUGUCGUCAGAUAAAGAGUUGGUUACCCAGGAACCCCAUGAAGCUGGACAAAGAGGCGUUACCUGACCUGGAGGAGACAGACUGCUAUACAGCCCCCUUCAGCAGGGCACGCAUGCACCAGUAGGUUACUGUAAUAUAUCUAGAACCCUUACCCUAACCACCCUAACCUAACCCUUACCCUAACCACCCUAACCUAACCCUAACCACCCUAACCACCACCUAACCCUUACCUCAACCCCCUAGCCUGAACCCCCUAACCACCCUAACCCUUACCUCAACCCCCUAGCCUGACCCCCUAACCCUAACCACCCUAACCUUACCCUAACCUCAACCCCUAACCCUAACCCUUAUACCCUAACCUCAACCACCUAACCUCAACCCCAACCCUAACCUACCUACUCCCAACCUACCCACAACCACUAACCCUAACCCUAAACCUCAACCCCAACCUAACCAACCCUAACCCUUACCUCCCAACCCCCUAACCUAACCCUUUCCCUUACCAACCCCCUAACCAACCUAACCCUCCCUACCUCAACCCUAACCCUAACCCUAACCCUAACCCUUACCUCAACUCCCUAACACCUAACCCUUCCCUUACCUCAACCCCCUAACCCUACCCUACAACCCUACCACUCCAAACUCCCUAACCUAACCCUAACCCUAACCCUUACCUCAACUCCCUAACCUAACCCUUUCCCUUACCUCAACCCCCUAACCCUAACCCUUUCCCUUACCUCAACCCCCUAACCCUAACCCUAACCCUUACCCUUACCUCAACUCCCUAACCUAACCCUAACCCUUACCCUUACCUCAACCCCCUAACCUAACCCCAACCCACUAAGCAGUGAUGCAGAGAAAAUGAAUGUCUUUGUGUCCACCCACAUGGCCUAUGUUUGUCCUGGUUAGUCUCCUCAGUUACACUCUCGGUCCUCAUUUCACUCUAACAGACUGGCUCAUAUGAUGUGUGUUUGUUAUACGCUAUACUGGAGGUGUUAACGGAGGAGGAAGAGAUUAAGUUAUUUUUAGACAGUGACUGCAGUGUUCUGUCACUGUUAUGACCAUCUCUCCUGCUAGCCUCUCAAUCCUCCCAUCACUUGUAAAAUAGACUGGCUUACUUGUAUGAUAUGUUAUGUGUUUGUGUGAAUUGGGGGCAACAAGGAGGACACAAUUAUGAAGAUAGAAUGAUUGCAAAUAAAGUAUUUCACAAUACAGUUAAUAAUAACGGCAGCUGUUGUCUCUGUUAUGACAACUCCCCCUUUCUUUACUCAAACUCUUUCUCUUUGAUGGAAGUCAAUAAUUCAACUCAUUUACAUGCAUUGUUUUUCUGCCAGAUUGGUUAAAUCUCCUCAUCACUUUGACAGCCUUUUGUUCUUGGAUUUAAAAAAAAUGAGUUAUUGCUUUUUUUUUUGCAGCAUUUCAUCUAAUUACUGACUGUUGGUCCUGGAAAUCCCCAAUUUAGUGGAGAUAUUAUUAGAUGAUUGACUGCUGAAUGCCUUAUCAAAGAGCUUGUUGGUUUCUACUUCUCUCCUCAGUUUUAUGGAUGAUAUACUGUAUCAUAAUAAUGCUGACUGUUUGUUGGUGUAACGUAUACGCCGGGAGUCAGGAAGCAGGUGCAGAAGGUGAGUUUAAUAAUGAAAUGAUACAAAUUAACAAACAUGAGAAGCGUACUGAACGUGAGAGAAGACAAUACUACCUAAUGACUGAUGACAACUGAGAGCUAAAUAAAGGGGGAGUAAAUCAAGGAGAAAAUGAUGACCAGGUGUGCGUAAUGAUGGUUGCCAGGUGUGAGCAAUGUGGGUUGCCAGGACCGGUGGUUAGUAGAGACCCAAGAGACAGAUUCCAACAUCUAAAUAAUAAUAAUACUUAAUACUUCAGGAAUCAAGGAGAAAAUGAUGACCAGGUUUGUGCAAUAAUGGUUGCCAGGUCCGGAGGUUAGUAGACCGUCGACGUCGAGCGCCGGAGGGAGGGAGCAGGAGUAGGCGUGACGGUUACACCCAGACGGCGGAGUUGGAAAUCCUGGAUGAUGUUAGGGUCCAAGAUGUCCGCCACCGGGACUCGAGAGCGCUCCUCUGGACCGUACCCCUCCCAGUCCACUAGGUACUGGGGCCGACCCUCACGUCGGGAGUCCAGGAGGGACCUAACAGCAUAGGCGGGGGUCCCCUCGAUGUCCAGGGGAUGCGGAGGGGUGUCGUGUGGGCGGCAUCAGCCAGGGGAUCUAGAACCACCGGCCUGAGGGAAACAUGAAAGGAGGGUGAGAUCCAGUAGUUGGUGGGGAGUUUGAGACGAUAGGUUACCUCAAUGACCCUCCGGAGGACCUUGAAGGACCCCACAAACCGGGGGCUUAUCUUAGCAGAGUGGGAGGUUCCUGGUGGAGAGCUAGACGCGAUCACCAGCAUGGAACAUGGGAGCCUCACUGUGGUGGCGGUCUGCCUGAUCCUUCUGAUGGCGCGCUGGAGCCUCACGUAGGCAGCGUUCCACACCACCUCUGCACACCGGAACCACUCGUCGACUGCAGGAGCCUCAGUCUGGCUCGUAGUCCACGGAGCCAGGGCCGGCUGAUAUCCCAGUACGCACUGGAAGAGAGUCAGCCCGGUGGAGGAGUGUUGAAGUUAGUUCUGGGCGUAUUUGGGCCCAGGGAAGGAACCAGGCCCACUCCCCCUGCCGGUCCUGACAGUGACUCCUCAGGAACCUCCCCAGCUCCUGGUUGGUCCUCUCCACCAGCCCGUUGGACUGAGGCCGGGACCUGGAUGUGAGGCUGACCGUGACCCCCAGCUUCUCCAUGAAGGCUCUCCAGACCCGUGACGUGAACUGGGGGCCACGGUCGGAGACGAUAUCCUCCGGAAGGCCAUAGAAGACCUGCUGAAACAGUACCUCAGCGACCUGGAGAGUAAUAUAGGGAUAAAACGGCAGGAUUUAGAUACAGUGGGGGAAAAAAGUAUUUAGUCAGCCACCAAUUGUGCAAGUUCUCCCACUUAAAAAGAUGAGAGAGGCCUGUAAUUUUCAUCAUAGGUACACGUCAACUAUGACAGACAAAUUGAGAAAGAAAAUCCAGAAAAUCACAUUGUAGGAUUUUUAAUGAAUUUAUUUGCAAAUUAUGGUGGAAAAUAAGUAUUUGGUCACCUACAAACAAGUAAGAUUUCUGGCUCUCACAGACCUGUAACUACUUCUUUAAGAGGCUCCUCUGUCCUCCACUCGUUACCUGUAUUAAUGGCACCUGUUUGAACUUGUUAUCAGUAUAAAAGACACCUGUCCACAACCUCAAACAGUCACACUCCAAACUCCACUAUGGCCAAGACCAAAGAGCUGUCAAAGGACACCAGAAACAAAAUUGUAGACCUGCAUCAGGCUGGGAAGACUGAAUCUGCAAUAGGUAAGCAGCUUGGUUUGAAGAAAUCAACUGUGGGAGCAAUUAUUAGGAAAUGCAAGACAUACAAGACCACUGAUAAUCUCCCUCGAUCUGGGGCUCCACGCAAGAUCUCACCCCGUGGGGUCAAAAUGAUCGCAAGAACGGUGAGCAAAAAUCCCAGAACCACACGGGGGGACCUAGUGAAUGACCUGCAGAGAGCUGGGACCAAAGUAACAAAGCCUACCAUCAGUAACACACUACGCCGCCAGGGACUCAAAUCCUGCAGUGCCAGACGUGUCCCCCUGCUUAAGCCAGUACAUGUCCAGGCCCGUCUGAAGUUUGCUAGAGUGCAUUUGGAUGAUCCAGAAGAGGAUUGGGAGAAUGUCAUAUGGUCAGAUGAAACCAAAAUAUAACUUUUUGGUAAAAACUCAACUCGUCAUGUUUGGAGGACAAAGAAUGCUGAGUUGCAUCCAAAGAACACCAUACCUACUGUGAAGCAUGGGGGUGGAAACAUCAUGCUUUGGGGCUGUUUUUCUGCAAAGGGACCAGGACGACUGAUCCGUGUAAAGGAAAGAAUGAAUGGGGCCAUGUAUCGUGAGAUUUUGAGUGAAAACCUCCAUCAGCAAGGGCAUUGAAGAUGAAAUGUGGCUGGGUCUUUCAGCAUGACAAUGAUCCCAAACACACCUCCCGGGCAACGAAGGAGUGGCUUCGUAAGAAGCAUUUCAAGGUCCUGGAGUGGCCUAGCCAGUCUCCAGAUCUCAACCCCAUAGAAAAUCUUUGGAGGGAGUUGAAAGUCUGUGUUGCCCAGCGAUAGCCCCAAAACAUCACUGCUCUAGAGGAGAUCUGCAUGGAGGAAUGGGCCAAAAUACCAGCAACAGUGUGUGAAAACCUUGUGAAGACUUACAGAAAACGUUUGACCUGUGUCAUUGCCAACAAAGGGUAUAUAACAAAGUAUUGAGAAACUUUUGUUAUUGACCAAAUACUUAUUUUCCACCAUAAUUUGCAAAUACAUUCAUAAAAAAUCCUACAAUGUGAUUUUCUGGAUUUUUUUCCCUCAUUUUGUCUGUCAUAGUUGACGUGUACCUAUGAUGAAAAUUACAGGCCUCUCAUCUUUUUAAGUGGGAGAACUUGCACAAUUGGUGGCUGACUAAAUACUUUUUUCCCCCACUGUAAUCUGUCAACAACAGCCAGAAUAGUGGUAAAACAUCAGAAAGGGGGAGAUCAGUUACAAAGUUUAUGGACAGAUGUGACCAAGGCUGCUGAGGAAGGGGAAGUAGUUUCCCUGCUUGGCCGUGUCGGGGAGAUUUGGAUUGGGUACAUAUGGAGCAUGAGUUGACAAAUUGGGCGACGUCCUGCACCAAGGUGAGGCCACCAGUACUUCUCGGAGAGGGAUUGGAUGGUGCGGGUGAUUCCUCGCCGCUGGACACCCAGGUAUGUGUGUGCCCAGGUCAACAGACGAUCUCUCACCCCCAUUGAGACGUAGAGGCGUUCUGGAGGGCAGGUAGCAGGAGCGUGUUCCCUCUCCAGAGCCUGGCGGAUGUCCACAUCUACGUCCCAAAACACGGGGCCAACGAUAUUGGAGGACCGAUUUGAGCACACUUACAGGACUCUCAACCGGCGUGGAACCACAGGGUACGGGAAAGCAGGUCCUCCGGCAUCCUGGUCCCCAGGGGUUGAUUUUCAUCCUCGACCAGGAGAUGGUGGGGUUGUGACGUUGGAGCCACGGGAGACCGAGGAUUACUUUGUGUAAGGGUGCGGUGGUGAUGAGGAAGGGAAGGCUUUCCUGGUGCCUGGGUCCCACGGUGAGGGUGAGUGGUGCUGUGAUGUGAUGUGCGUAAUUGUGCCGGAUCCCGAUGGUCACAUAUCCAGGGCUUGGACAGGAAAAGGAGAGCGGGUAUGAAGUUAAGUUCAGGGAAGAGGCGAGAGCCUGGUCGAUGAAGUUCCCAGCGGCACCGGAGUACACUAGAGACAACACGUGAGGGACAGCCAGCCAGUGAAAUGGGGAACCAGAAAGGGUUUGGCAGAAAACUAUGAUAAUGGAAUUCUCACGCCUACCCUGGGAGACGGAAGGUCACUGCCCUCUGCUCUAGGUUAGGAUGCACCCUGGGUUAGGAUGCACCCCGGGUUAGGAUGCACCGGACACUGCUGAAGCUGGUGCCCCUCCUGGCCGCAAUAGGGACAAAUAAUCGUAUUGGCCACAUGCGCCGAAUACAACAGGUGUAGACAUUACAGUGAAAUGCUUGCUUACCUUAACCAACAAUGCAGUUUCAGAAGAAAAUAAAAAUAGCAAAUAAUUAAAGAGCAGCAGUAAAAUAAAAUAACAGUAGGGAGGUUAUGACUAAAAUGAAAUGAUGAUAUACAGGGGGUACCGGUACAGAGUCAAUGUGCAGGGGCACUGGUUAGUCGAGGUAAUUGAGGUAAUAUGUACAUGUAGGUAGAGUUAAAGUGACUAUGCAUCAAUAAUUAACAGAGUAGCAGCAGCGUAAAAGAGGGGGGCAAUGCAAAUAGUCCGGGUAUCCAUGAUUAGCUGUUCAAAAGUCUUAUGGCUUGGGGAUAGAAUCUGUUAAGAAGCAUUUUGGACCUAGACUUGGCGCUCCGGUACCGCUUGCCGUGCGGUAGCAGAGAGAACAGUCUAUGACUAGGGUGGCUGGAGUCUUUGCUAAUUUUUAGGGCCUUCCUCUGACAGAGCCCCAGCUGUCUCAUGAACCUCUCAUAGGAACCCAGUUCCUCCUCUCCUCUCUCCCAGACGGCCGUGGCCCACUCCAACGCCCGUCCGGUCAGCAGGGAAAUGACCGUGGCAACCUUUGACCUCUCGGUGGUGGGGGGCUCCCGUCUGAUAUGCGAAAUAAAGGGAGCACUGGAGUAGGAAGCCACGGCAUUUUGAUGGAGUACCGUCAUACUUCUCCGGGAAGGGAAAGUCGGGCAUCGCUGACCUGGACGGACGGCUGGGUAGGCUGGGGGACUGGCUCACUGUGACGACCCGUGGUAGGAGGCCCUCUGAUAGGGGUAUGGAGAUGCAUAAUGAUGGGGACCAGGUGUGCGCAAUAAUGGUUGCCAGGUGUGGCCAAUGUGGGUUGCCAGCACCGGUGGUUAGUAGACCGGCGAUGUCGAGCGCCAGAGGGAGCAGGAGUGACAGUUGGUUUCUACUGCUCUCCUUUAUAUGGAUGAUAUACUGUAUCAUAAUAAUGCUGACUGUUGGUUGGUUUCUACUGCUCUCCUUUAUAUGGAUGAUAUACUGUAUCAUAAUAAUGCUAACUGUUGGUUGGUUUCUACUGCUCUCCUUUAUAUGGAUGAUAUACUGUAUCAUAAUAAUGCUGACUGUUGGUUGGUUUCUACUGCUCUCCUUUAUAUGGAUGAUAUACUGUAUCAUAAUAAUGCUGACUGUUGGUUGGUUUCUACUACUCUCCUUUAUAUGGAUGAUAUACUGUAUCAUAAUAAUGCUAACUGUUGGUUGGUUUUACUUUUCUUCUCAGUUUUACCAUCAACAACAGACAGACAUUCUUCUCGAACUCCACCAGAAGCAGAAUAGUCCACCAUGUUCUCCAACGCACCAAGUAUGAGGACGGGAAGUCUAAGAUGGGUACGGAGCUAAGCUAGCUAUCUAUCUACAGUGCAUUCGGAAAGUAUUCAGGCCCCUUGACUUUUUCCACAUUUUGUUACGUUACAGCCUUAUUCUAAAAUGGAUUAAAUCGUUUUUUUCCUCAAUCUACACACAAUACCCCAUAAUGACAAAGAAAAAACAGGUUUUUAGACAUUUUUUCAAAUGUAUUACAAAUAAUAAACUGAAAUAUCACAUUUACAUAAGUAUUCAGACCCUUUACACAGUACUUUGGUGAAGCACUUUUGGCAGCGAUUACAGCCUCGAGUCUUCUUGGGUGUGACGCUACAAGCUGGCAAACCUGUAUUUGGGGAGUUUCUCCCAUUCUUCUCUGCAGAUCCUCUCAAGCUCUGUCAGGUUGGAUGGGGAGUGAUGCUGCACAGCUAUUUUAAGGUCUCUCCAGAGAUGUUCGAUCUGGUUCAAGUCCCGGCUCUGGCUGGGCCACUCAAGGACAUUCAAUGACUUGUCCCGAAGCCACUCCUGCAUUGUCUUGGCUGUGUGCUUAGGGUCGUUGUCCUGUUGGAAGGUGAACCAGUCUGAGGUCCUGAGUGCUCUGGAGCAGGUUUUCAUCAAGGAUCUCUCUGUACUUUGCUCCGUUCAUCUUUCCCUCGAUCCUGACUAGUCUCCCAGUCCCUGCCGCUAAAAAACAUCCCCACAGCAUGAUGCUGCCACCACCAUGCUUCAUCGUAGGGAUGGUGCCAGGUUUCCUCCAGAUGUGACGCUUGGCAUUCAGGCCAAAGAGUUCAAUUUUGGUUUCAUCAGACCAGAGAAUCUUGUUUCUCAUGGUCUGAGAGUCCUUUAGGUGCCUUUUGGCAAACUCCAAGCGGGCUAUCAUGUGCCUUUUACUGAGUGGCUUCCGUCUGGCCACUCUACCAUAAAGGCCUGAUUGGUGGAGUGCUGCAGAGAUGGUUUUCCUUCUGGAAGGUUCUCCCAUCUCCAGAGGAACUCUGGAGCUCUGUCAGAGUGACCAUCGGGUCCUUGGUCACCUACCUGACCAAGGCACUUCUCCCCCGAUUGCUCAGUUUGGCCGGGCGGCCAGCUCUAGGAAGAGUCUUGGUGGUUCCAAACUUCUUCCAUUUAAGAAUGAUGGAGGCCACUGUGUUCUUUGGGACCUUCAAUGCUGCAGAAUUUGUUUUGGUACCCUUCCCUAGAUCUGUGCCUCGACACAAUCCCGUCUCGGAGCUCUAUGGACAAUUCCUUCCAACUCAUUGCUUAGUUUUUGCUCUGACAUGCACGGUCAACUGUGGGACCUAAUAUAGACAGGUGUGCUUUUCCAAAUCAUGUCCAAUCAAGUUGUAGAAACAUCUCAAGGAUGAUCAGUGGAAACAGGAUGCACUUUAGCUCAAUUUCGAGUCUCAUAGUAAAGGGUAUGAAUACUAUAUAAUAAUAAUAUUAUUUUUAAUACAUUUGCAAACAAUUCUAAAAACAUGUUUUUCGCUUUGUCAUUAUGGGGUAUUGUGUGUGAGUGUGUAUAUUUUAAUACAUUUUAGAAAAAGGCUGUGACGUAACAAAAUGUGGAAAAAGUCAAGGGGUCUGAAUACUUUCCGAAUGCACUGUAUCAGUCUCUCUCCACUUAUUUAAAGUGGGUUGUCCUUCCUUCUUUAGUCGCAUCAUGCAGCCUUACAAUGUAUUAAAAAUCAAAACAUAUAUAUAUAUAUAUAUAGCCCAACGUUUGUAGAACAACUAAAGUUACAUUAAUAACUCUAAAUUAAGCAUAUAGGAAUACCUAUUUCUUUGUUAACCGCUCAACACAGAAUAGCCGCAUGUGCACACUCCCUCAAAUCGUUUGGAGAAAAUAUCCUUUCUAUUUUAUUCAGCUUUGUUCAAAUUGUAUUCUUCAUACUAUAAAAUAAUGCCACAAAAUUCUAAGCAAAUCUUGUCUGCUAAAUGAACUAGUGUAGCCCACAGCCAUUUGGCAUAGCCAGAUCAGGACCUAACAUAAGGACAACUCAGAGUAUGCUAUUCUGUUCUUCUGAAAUUGACUACAUUUUCUUCAUAUCAUGUUUCUUUAGACCUGUCUAAAAUAAAUAAUGGAUUUAUUGUGAAGGUGUAGGCUAUAUUACAUGGAUUUAUUAGACUUUUUAAUAUGUAGAUGUUCCAAAGGUCCGCAUCAGUGGCUUGUAGGCUGUGUGUGGAAGUCAGGAGAUGCUAAAUGUGUUUAUGUUAAUUAACGGUCAAUUACCGUGAGACCGACAGUUAUUUGCUUGAAUAUCACCGGCUGACGAAAUUUCGUGAUUGCCACAGUCCUACCUGUGGUAAAUUUGAUUGAUUGGAGAUGAUUUGGAAAGGCACACACCUGUCUAUGGAAGGUCCCACAGUUGACAGUACAUGUCAGAGCAAAAACCAAGCCAUGAGGUCGAAGGAAUUGUCCGUAGAGCUCCGAGACGGGAUUGUGUUGAGGCACAGAUCUGGGGAAGGCUACCAAAAAAUGUCUGCAGCGUUGAAGGUCCCCAAGAACACAGUGGCCUCCAUCACUCUUAAAUGGAAGAAGUUUGGAACCACCAAGACUCUUCCUAGAGCUGGCCGCCCCGGCCAAACUGAGCAAUCGGGGGAGAAGGGCCUUGGUCAGGUAGGUGACCAAGGACCCGAUGGUCACUCUGACAGAGCGCCAGAGUUCCUCUGUGGAGAUGGGAGAACCUUCCAGAAGGACAACCAUCUCUGCAGCACUCCACCAAUCAGGCCUUUAUGGUAGAGUGGCCAGACAGAAGCCACUGCUCAGUAAAAGGCACAUGACAGCCCGCUUGGAGUUUGCCAAAAGGCACCUAAAGAACUCUCAGACCAUGAGAAACAAGAUUCUCUGGUCUGAUGAAACCAAGACUGAAGUCAUUGGACUGAAUGCCAUUUAGCAGACGCUCUUAUCCAGAGCGACUUACAGUUAAUGAGUGCAUACAUGUAUUAUUAUUUUUAUUUUUUUCAUACUGGCCCCCCGUGGGAAUAGAACCCACAACCCUGCCGUUGCAAGCGCCAUGCUCUACCAACUGAGCUACAAGGGGCCCUGGAUUAGCGCACGCACACAUGCACACCAUAUAUUACAAGCAUCCUUACGCAAUGACCAAUCUACCCCCCGUUAGCUACCCCAGUGAAAAUGUUUGCCACUGAUCAGUUGGAUUCGAGGCUAUUCUGUGACCUAGCCUGCUACAGACACCCACCGCGCUCCGUCUAGUUUCCCUAGGCAGACAGUUUGCCUCCCACGUUAACAAUAUUCCAGCAUACACGGCUAGUGCAGAUGCCCAAGGUCUGUAACAGGGGGACACAAUUAUCUAGUCCCACUUCCACCACCACAACCAGGGGUGCCAUCGAACAUAACUAGCUCAUCAUUGACCUUCUCUGUUUAUAUCAUGCAGUAUAAUAAUCAUUAUUAGAGAACUGGGGUUGGCUUUAGAUAGAAUCCUCAGUGGCGGCCUCUGUCUAAUUGUGAUGGGGUCUAGCAAUGCAUUUUGAGUCUUGGGAAGGGAAAACUAUUUUUUUUAAAUUAUUAUAGCAUAUUUCCAGUCUACUAUUGGUUCUGCUUGGCAGGAUGAUGUUAUUAAGUGUUUUUCUUCUAUUGUAGGUAUCAACAGGUUAUUGGGCAAUGGAACAUAUGAGGCUGCAUUUCCGCCACACGAGGUACGAACAUCGUUAUAAUGAUAUUAGGACAUUAAAACACUGUAUUAUUAUUAUUACUAAUACAGAUUACUAUUGUUAUACAGUGCACUUAAAUUUCAGGGGUGUCUGCUACGUGUCUUCCAGCCUCCUCCUUCACUCUUACUAGCACUGCUUUUGCAGAUGUGCGUUAUAUAUUGGCGUAGUCGGCAGGAUGUGAUUUAUCAUAAACUCAACCUCUAACGAAUUAGAGACCAUGGGCCAUAUCCACAAAGCGUCUCCAGAGUGCAGAAUUGACCGUAAGUGCUGAGAAUAGAGACAUUUUACCCCUACUCUGAUGGGUCAAAAUAAAAGCUAUGCAUGAAGCCUCUUUAGUCAUAAGAGUCCCACCUAGUUGACAGAUAUUGACCUAUAUUAUAUUAUAUUAUAUUCACCUCAUGAGGUGUCCUAACCAGUUAAGUUACCAGUAGGUGUCUUUAUAAUAGAAAAAGUAUUCAGUGGAUCCUGUGCCGCAUGCAAUUGCUUUGGAGUGGUUGAAAGAACGUAUUAAUAUUUCUAUGUGAUCAAUCAAGAAAUAAUCUAGACCUACAUGCUUCUGAAAAUGAUUUCACAUGACUCUUAUUUCACACGAUAUACCAAAAAUACUUAUAACCACAUAAGCUAAUAAAUAAUCAUAUAUUUUUCUUUAGGUUACUUAAUUAACCUACAUCGUGUUAUUUCAAGUUAUCCCUUUGGAGAGCAAUAACACAUUGUUAAAAAAAAUGGGCCUGACUUGCAUAUAAAUUGGGCAAUUAAAGGCAUCUAGGGCCUAUGUUAACUUUGAUUGUGUUCGAUGAAAACGGGAGUGACGAGUGUGUUGAUAUAACUGUAAUAAAACAAUUUACGUCAGCUUUUAACAACCAUCAGAAUUGGUCCAAAAUAAAGUAUUAUGCACCCCAAGCGCUAUUGAUUAUUCCUCGUCAUUUGCAACAAAGUCAAUGAGCGUAUUCUUCCUUUGCGGUACCUCAAACUGUCGUGAGAUUGACCAGCUGAGAUUAACUUUAUGAGUUGAUUUUACUCAUGGCUCAGACUUUGUCUGGGCAGUGUCUUAACAUCAUCCUAAAACCUACUCUGAGCUGAGAUUUUUGUUGUCUUAAAAAAGGUUUUAACAGGAUUCCUCGGACCUUUCCUGAGAUGCUUUGUGGAUACGGGCCCUUGGGCCCUCCAUCGUUAGAACCUUCGUAGGAGCAUCGUUAAAUCUCUGAGCUGUUUCCCAAAACCGCCGUUACUAAAGUUGCACUUGAAAACGCUCCUAAUUUACCGACUGCCUCAAAUCAGUGUGUCGUAAGAUCAAUUUUAUACACAGAACAUAUUUAUCUGUCUCCGUGGCCGUCGAUAACUUCCCAACGAAGUUGACUACACAUACAAAGUUGCCUGUGUCUUUGCAAUUGUUACAAACAAGCUAAGGAUAAAAAUAUGCUUAAGAUGAAAACCGAGAUGACUGCAUUAAAAUAUAAAUAGCCUACCUACAGUUAUGCCUAUAUAUUUAAAUUAUAUUGAAAUCAAUUUCAUGUUCAUUCAAUUUAGUCUUAUUUGGCUACUGUCUGUAAUUUUUGUCUCAAUAUAUUUCAUGAUGUGUAGCCUAACUGGUGAUCAAUGAUGUGCCAAAUCUUGAUUUAGUGCAUUAUGUUAGGGUAAGCGUUAGAAUACGCCUGCAGCACUAUUUGCAACCAUAGGUGAUAAUCCUUUCUUUCGAUCCUAUCAGUAUCGACACUAUGCCUCAACGACGCAUUUUAGCGAACAUUCUCGCUGCGUGGUGUUUUGGGAGACACAUGUUAUGUCUUCUGCCUUGCAUCGUUAAAACACUCGUAAGCCUAAAUUCCAUCGCUGUCGGGAAACCGUGCCUUGUUAUUGUUUUAACAAUUACAUUACAAAGAUAAGGAUUGCUAUACAUAGUACACUUGUGUUACUAACCAUUUGGGGCAUUACAUUUGGCGUAGUCGGCAGGAUUUGAUUUAUCAAAAACUCCACCUGUUACAUAAGGUUCUGUGCCUCUGUUUCAAGGCGGAUACAAAAGCAUGGGAUUAGCCUAGUGCAGGGUUCUUCAAUUCCGGUCCUGGAGGGCCGAAACACCUCUGUUUUUCAACCUCUCCUUCUAAUCAGGGGCUAAUUCAGACCUGGGACACCAGGUGAGUGCAAUUAACUACCAGGUAGAAAUAAAAAAACAGAAGUGUUUCGGCCCUCCAGGACCGAAAUUGAAGAACCCUGGCCUAAUGUCUACCUGUCUUCUGCUAGUGUGAAUUAUCUGCGUUCUGUGCUUCUGGGCAGAUAUAAAAGAGUUGGCUACAGCCCUUACAGUAAGGAACUAGGCUGUCACUACAGCUGUAGGAUCAUACUUUGUGUCACCCUGUUGCGGGAGAACUUUCCUGCACAGCAGAAAAUGUAAACUUGUAGUGUAUUUGUGGUUUAAAAAGGCUUCUGAAGUUUGACAUUUCCACUUUGACAUUUCAGACUUGAUUUUUUCCCUUACGAAAAAAUUUCUCAACCCCUUAUAAUCCACAUAAUAAUUCACAUUUCCUGUUGCUGCAGGAUUAUUUUCCUGCUGUAGCAAACUGGCUCAAAUGAAGAUCCACCUGUUAAUUCUCUGGAUACCAAAAGUAGAUCCGGUAGUGGGACUAGACCAGUGACCACCUGUCUUCCACUAAUGUUCGUUCUCAGUGUCCUGUGCUUGUGUUUUCAGGGUGGCUACAAGAGCCAACACCCUAUUAAGACCCACGGUGCCCAGAACCACAGACACCUGCUGUACGAGAGGUGGGCUCGCUGGGGCAUGUGGUUCAAGUACCAGCCUCUCGACCUUAUCAGGUAGAUGUGUGUGUGUGUGUGUGUGUGUGUGCGUGGAGUCUGUAUAAUGAGCCAAGGCUGUGCUCAUGUAAUGUGUCAGGGCAGGAACCCCCACAGGGACCCCGAGGCAAAGUUCCCUUCUCAGGAGUCCUAUCUAAAUUAAAUACAGCAGCUAGGUCUGAACCGGUCCAAUGUACCAGUCGACCCAUAACUAGGUUCUAACAGGUCCAAUGUACCAGUCGACCCAUAACUAGGUUCUAACAGGUCCAAUGUACCAGUCAACCCAUAACUAGGUUCUAACAGGUCCAAUGUACCAGUCGACCCAUAACUAGGUUCUAACAGGUCCAAUGUACCAGUCGACCCAUAACUAGGUUCUAACAGGUCCAAUGUACCAGUCGACCCAUAACUAGGUUCUAACAGGUCCAAUGUACCAGUCGACCCAUAACUAGGUUCUAACAGGUCCAAUGUACCAGUCGACCCAUAACUAGGUCUGAACCGGUCCAAUGUACCAGUCGACCCAUAACUAGGUCUGAACCGGUCCAAUGUACCAGUCGACCCAUUACUAGGUUCUAACAGGUCCAAUGUACCAGUCGACCCAUAACUAGGUCUGAACCGGUCCAAUGUACCAGUCGACCCAUAACUAGGUCUGAACCGGUCCCAUGUACCAGUCGACCCAUAACUAGGUCUGAACAGGUCCAAUGUACCAGUCAACCCAUAACUACAGUGAGGGAAAAAAGUAUUUGAUCCCCUGCUGAUUUUUUUUACGUUUGCCCACUGACAAAGAAAUGAUCAGUCUAUAAUUUUAAUGGUAGGUUUAUUUGAACAGUGAGAGACAGAAUAACAACAAAAAAAUCCAGAAAAACGCAUGUCAAAAAUGUUUGAUUUGCAUUUUAAUGAGGGAAAUAAGUAUUUGACCCCUUUGCAAAACAUGAUUUAGUACUUGGUGGCAAAACCCUUGUUGGCAGUCACAGAGGUCAGACGUUUCUUGUAGUUGGCCACCAGGUUUGUACACAUCUCAGGAGGGAUUUUGUCCCACUCCUCUUUGCAGAUCUUCUCCAAGUCAUUAAGGUUUUGAGGCUGACAUUUGGCAACUCAAACCUUCAGCUCCCUCCACAGAUUUUCUAUGGGAUUAAGGUCUGGAGACUGGCUAGGCCACUCCAGGACCUUAAUGUGCUUCUUCUUGAGCCACUCCUUUGUUGCCUUGGCCGUGUGUUUUGGGUCAUUGUCAUGCUAGAAUACCCAUCCACGACCCAUUUUCAAUGCCCUGGCUGAGGGAAGGAGGUUCUCACCCAAGAUUUGACGGUACAUGGCCCCAUCCAUCGUCCCUUUGAUGCGGUGAAGUUGUCCUGUCCCCUUAGCAGAAAAACACCACCAAAGCAUAAUGUUUCCACCUCCAUGUUUGACGGUGGGGAUGGUGUUCUUGGGGUCAUAGGCAGCAUUCCUCCUCCUCCAAACACGGCGAGUUGAGUUGAUGCCAAAGAGCUCCAUUUUGGUCUCAUCUGACCACAACACUUUCACCCAGUUCUCCUCUGAAUCAUUCAGAUGUUCAUUGGCAAACUUCAGACAGUUAUGUAUAUGUGCUUUCUUGAGCAGGGGGACCUUGCGGGCGCUGCAGGAUUUCAGUCCUUCACGGCGUAGUGUGUUACCAAUUGUUUUCUUGGUGACUAUGGUCCCAGUUGCCUUGAGAUCAUUGACAAUAUCCUCCCGUGUAGUUCUGGGCUGAUUCCUCACCGUUCUCAUGAUCAUUGCAACUCCACGAGGUGAGAUCUUGCAUGGAGCCCCAGGCCGAGGGAGAUUGACAGUUAUUUUGUGUUUCUUCCAUUUGCGAAUAAUUGCAACAACUGUUGUCACCUUCUCACCAAGCUGCUUGGCGAUGGUCUUGUAGCCCAUUCCAGCCUUGUGUAGGACUACAAUCUUGUCCCUGACAUCCUUGAAGAGCUCUUUGGUCUUGGCCAUGGUGGAGAGUUUGGAAUCUGAUUGAUUGAUUGCUUCUGUGGACAGGUGUCUUUUAUACAGGUAACAAACUGAGAUUAGGAGCACACUCUUAAAGGGAGUGCUCCUAAUCUCAGCUCGUUACCUGUAUAAAAGACACCUGGGAGCCAGAAAUCUUUCUGAUUGAGAGGGGGUCAAAUACUUAUUUCCCUCAUUAAAAUGCAAAUCAAUUUAUAACAUUUUUGACAUGCGUUUUUCUGGAUUUUUUUGUUGUUAUUCUGUCUCUCACUGUUCAAAUAAACCUACCAUUAAAAUUAUAGACUGAUCAUUUCUUUGUCAGUGGGCAAACAUACAAAAUCAUCAGGGGAUCAAAUACUUUCUUCCCUCACUGUAGGUUCUAACAGGUCCAAUUGGACUAUAUCUUGAUCAUUGAACUUCUUUCCUCUGUAUGAAACACAUCUGAAAUACAACUAAGUUUGAAAUUGGUCCAAUUUCAAUUCAACCCCAAUGCAGCUGCCUGCGAUGUUUUUCCUAAUCUAUUUAGUUUGUUGGACUCCUGAUGAAGGGCUAUUGACAAAAUGUUGAGGUGAGAUGCAUUAAAAUUAUUAGUUGUGCAUUAAAGAUCACAUCUGUGCUUUUAUUAAUAGUUUUUUCAUUCGUCCAUCUACCUGGAAACAUGACAGGUGUGCUAAAUAUACCUGUACUCAUUUAUAUUAAUGGACUUGUUUCCUUUUCAGGCAAAUACAACUAGGUCUGAAUGGCUCCAAUUUAAUCAAUCCAUGUCGGGGAGUCUUGCUAAUCCAUUCUCUCUAUUGGGCUUUACUUUGGGGAGGAGGUCGGCCUGUACCUUGCCUGGUUGCAGGCUUUACUUUGGGGAAGAGGUCGGCCUGUACCUUGCCUGGUUGCAGGCUUUACUUUGGGGAGGAGGUUGGCCUGUACCUUGCCUGGUUGCAGGCUUUACUUUGGGGAGGAGGUCGGCCUGUACCUUGCCUGGUUGCAGGCUUUACUUUGGGGAGGAGGUCGGCCUGUACCUUGCCUGGUUGCAGGCUUUACUUUGGGGAGGAGGUCGGCCUGUACCUUGCCUGGUUGCAGGCUUUACUUUGGGGAGGAGGUCGGCCUGUACCUUGCCUGGUUGCAGGCUUUCCUUUGGGGAGGAGGUCGGCCUGUACCUUGCCUGGUUGCAGGCUUUACUUUGGGGAGGAGGUCGGCCUGUACCUUGCCUGGUUGCAGGCUUUACUUUGGGGAGGAGGUCGGCCUGUACCUUGCCUGGUUACAGGCUUUACUUUGGGGAGAAGCUUGGCCUGUACCUUGCCUGGUGGGUUACAAAGUACCUGUUUUCUGCCAGGCAUACAGCUGGGUCUGAAUUUAAGGUCAACCCCAACCAUUUUAGGGAGCUUUUGCUAAUCUAUCUUUUUUCAUUGGACUUUCCUCUCCAGGCGUUACUUUGGGGAGAAGAUUGGGCUGUACUUUGCCUGGCUGGGCUGGUACACUGGCAUGCUGAUCCCUGCAGCUCUGGUGGGUCUCCUCGUCUUCCUCUACGGACUCCUUACUAUGGACACUAGUCAAGUCAGGUCAGUCAGGACACACCAGGGCAGGGGUUAAAUUGGGCCGGGUCCGAGACCCGGCACCUAUGAUCCAAAUGAGAGCCAGGCGGAGCUGUUACCGGGUACCUUUGGUUAUUUGAAUAAUCUAAUGAAAUUUUUUUUGGUCCACAUUACAUUUUCUACAGCUAACAACACAAGUAAGCAACAGCAAAAUCAGACAACCCCAUAGUAGAAUAGUUGACCUGUUCAGCCUGUCGCCGUCUGUGUAAGAAAAUUAUAUUCCUCUCGAGGCACAUUCAAAUUGCAAGUGCCGCACAGGGAGAGAAAUAUGCAUGGCCCAGUCAUUGUAGGCUACAACAUUCUAAAUGCAGUCACAGGAAAAACCCACCUGUGAAAGCAGUUUUGACGGUCACUGUUAAAAGGAGGACGAUCACUGAGCUUUCGAGUGUUACAUUUACAUUUACGUCAUUUAGCAGACGCUCUUAUCCAGAGCCACUUACAGUGUUACUAGGCUACGCUUAUUUGUCAAAUCCAAGAAAUUAGUAAAAAUGCACCAUUUUAGAACCAGAGAUUUUAGCAGCGUCAAUGGCGUUGAAUGAAUAGGGAAAACCGGGGCUAAAUGUAACAGGGGGCCCGGUGUAACGGCCUACAUUAUAUUCACAGUACAUGAUCCUUGGGGUUGGCUAAGUGCCAGUGCAAUGUUUUUUUGGGGGGGACACUCGGAAGUCAUCAAUAUGUUGCUAACUAGCAACAAGAUAGCCUGACGUUUAGACUAGAGUUUGUGAUCUAGUUAAUGAUUAUCCCAAUGGGAUACAUGCAGAUGGGUAACCCUCAGCCUGUUUAUUUAUAGCCACUAUGCUGCAUCGGAUGGGCUAUAUCAGGUGAUGAUGUUUAUUGCUAAAUAGCACACCUGACUGAUAAUAUGGAACAAUAUGUUAUUGGGCUCAUUUCUGGAGGGGGAAAUUAUAUUUUAUUUUAUUUUAUUCUGUAGUAGAAUGUCCUUUUGAAAAAUCACCAGAACUGACCUUCUCACAGUCGUUCUCCCCCAAUAAACUGUGGGUCCCUCCGCAACCCCACCUCUCCCCACCCCUGCACCUGGGCAUCGUGUUCUCCCCCAAUAAACUGUGGGUCCCUCCGCAACCCCAUCUCUCCCCACCCCUGCACCUGGGCAUCGUGCUCUCCCCCAAUAAACUGUGGGUCCCUCCGCAACCCCAUCUCUCCCCACCCCUGCACCUGGGCAUCGUGCUCUAACACCCUCCACUCUGCCCAGACUACAGUAACAGUAAAUGGAAAACAUCCUGGAUGCGUCUCAAAUGGCAUUCGGUAUUCCAUUUUCCUUUUAUAGUGCACUACUGUGGGCCCUGGAAUAGGGUGCCAUUUUGGAAUCAGACCAGAACUCUCCAUUAAAGUGUUAUUGAUGUCGCAGAAUGGUUUCAAAUCGCAGUUUGUUCACCCUUAUCCUAGUCCCCCCUAACCCCUAUGCCUUAACCAUUACCUUAACCCUAACUUUGUCUAACCUUAACCUUUUGGAUUUACCCGUUGAAUAUCCUUUUUCUAAUUACAUAAGGCCUUAGAAUCACCUUCUAAUGAUUCAUUUGCAUUUGGAUUAUCUUCGUUUGGGGUUUUUCAUCUCCUCUUUUGAUAUUGUGUUUUAAAGACAUGGAAGUUCUGUCUGUCUAAUGUAUCUUCCUGUUUCGUCCCAUCAGUAAAGAGAUCUGUGAGGCCAACACUACGAUCAUGUGUCCUAUGUGUGAGCAGAACUGCAACCCCUGGAAACUCAGUGACAGCUGUGUCUAUGCAAAGGUCAGUAAUAAGACCACGAAGCUAUUCUGUUCUGCUUUUCCACCUUGGGAGCUCAGUGACAGCUUUGUCUAUGCAAAGGUCAAUUAGAUGCUGAUAUAUCGUAAAACAGUUUGAGAUCAUUAACAUAAAUGUGCUAAUUAACUCACCCAAGAUUUGGCGGCUUCCAUGAUUAGUAACACCCAUGAGGAAUUAGAACUAUGCUGUAUGUGUAGAAGUACUAUACUAUUAAUAUUAGCUAGUACUGUAGUAAACAGAAGUACUAUUACUAUUAGCUAGUACUGUAGUUUGCAACGCCAGGGUUGUAGUACUGUAGUAAACAGAAGUACUAUUACUAUUAGUACUGUAGAAGUAAUAUUACUGUUAGUGCUGUAGUAAACAUAAGUACUAUUACUGUUAGCUAGUGCUGUAGUAAACAGAAGUAAUAUUACUGUUAGCUAGUACUGUAGUAAACAGAAGUAAUAUUACUGUUAGUACUGUAGUAAACAGAAGUAAUAUUACUGUUAGCUAGUACUGUAGUAAACAGAAGUAAUAUUACUGUUAGUGCUGUAGUAAACAGAAGUAAUAUUACUGUUAGCUAGUACUGUAGUAAACAGAAGUAAUAUUACUGUUAGUACUGUAGUAAACAGAAGUAAUAUUACUGUUAGUACUGUAGUAAACAGAAGUAAUAUUACUGUUAGCUAGUGCUGUAGUAAACAGAAGUAAUAUUACUGUUAGUACUGUAGUAAACAGAAGUAAUAUUACUGUUAGUACUGUAGUAAACAGAAGUAAUAUUACUGUUAGCUAGUACUGUAGUAAACAGAAGUAAUAUUACUGUUAGUGCUGUAGUAAACAGAAGUAAUAUUACUGUUAGUGCUGUAGUAAACAGAAGUAAUAUUACUGUUAGUGCUGUAGUAAACAGAAGUAAUAUUACUGUUAGUACUGUAGUAAACAGAAGUAAUAUUACUGUUAGCUAGUACUGUAGUAAACAGAAGUAAUAUUACUGUUAGCUAGUGCUGUAGUAAACAGAAGUAAUAUUACUGUUAGUACUGUAGUAAACUGAAGUAAUAUUACUGUUAGCUAGUGCUGUAGUAAACAGAAGUAAUAUUACUGUUAGCUAGUGCUGUAGUAAACAGAAGUAAUAUUACUGUUAGCUAGUACUGUAGUAAACAGAAGUAAUAUUACUGUUAGUACUGUAGUAAACAGAAGUAAUAUUACUGUUAGUACUGUAGUAAACAUAAGUAAUAUUACUGUUAGCUAGUACUGUAGUAAACAGAAGUAAUAUUACUGUUAGUGCUGUAGUAAACAGAAGUAAUAUUACUGUUAGUGCUGUAGUAAACAGAAGUAAUAUUACUGUUAGCUAGUACUGUAGUAAACAGAAGUAAUAUUACUGUUAGUGCUGUAGUGUCUCCUGAGUGGCGCAGUGGUCUAAGGCACUGCAUCGCAGUGCUAACUGUGCCACUAGAGAUCCUGGUUCGAAUCCAGGCUCUGUCGCAGCCGGCCGCGACCGGGAGACUCAUGGGCGGCGCACAAUUGGCCCAGGGUAGGGGAGGGAAUGGCCGGCAGGGAUGUAGCUCAGUUGAUAGAGCAUGGCGUUUGCAACGCCAGGGUUGUGGGUUCGAUUCCCACGGGGGGCCAGUAUUAAAAAAUAUAUAUGUAUUCACUAACUGUAAGUCGCUCUGGAUAAGAGCGUCUGCUAAAUGAAUAAUGAUAAAAUGUAAUGUAAAAUGUAGUAAACAGAAGUAAUAUUACUGUCAGUACUGUAGUAAACAGAAGUAAUAUUACUGUUAGCUAGUACUGUAGUAAACAGAAGUAAUAUUACUGUUAGUACUUCGAAUUCCAAUUCUCUUCAAUGCGUUUCAGUAGCUAGGUUUCCAUCCAAUUGGUGAUAGAUUUUCAUGAGAAUAUUCUAGAAUCCGCACAUUUUCCAACUAGUGGGCUGUUUCCACCAAAUGGACUUGUUGAGGAUAACAAUCAGCGUGAUGACGAAGUGCACAAAAUGUACUUUUUUCACUUAUGUUUUCAUACUGGCCCCCCGUGGGAAUCGAACCCACAACCCUGGCGUUGCAAGCGCCAUGCUCUACCAACUGAGCUACACGUCACCAGAAACUCCUGUUUCCAUCACCGCGGUGGUUAAAAUUUUUUUUUCAAAAAUGAAGACAUGACUUAAACUGUGGAUGGAAACGUGGUUAAUGAGAAAAAUGUGGAAUUGGGAUUUGACUUUCGGAAUUGACUGGAAUUUAAAUAGAAUGUUGACCCCAGCCCUGUAAACUCCUGAGUGGCGCAGUGGUCUAAGGCACUGCAUCGCAGUGCUAACUGUGCCACUAGAGAUCCUGGUUCGAAUCCAGGCUCUGUAGCAGCCGGCCGCGACCGGGAGACCCAUGGGGCGGCGCGCAAUUGGCCCAGCGUCGUCCAGGGUAGGGGAGGGAAUGGCCGGCAGGGAUGUAGCUCAGUUGAUAGAGCAUGGCGUUUGCAACGCCAGGGUUGUGGGUUCGAUUCCCACGGGGGGCCAGUAUAAAAAAAUAUAAUAUGUAAUCACUAACUGUAAGUCGCUCUGGAUAAGAGCGUCUGCUAAAUGACUAAAAUGUAAUGUAAAUGUAUCACACUACUGCUGAUAUAGGCUGAGCGAUGCUGACCAACUCAGUGGUCUUGUGGUUAGUGUGUCCACCCUGAGAUUGAAAGUUUGGGAGUUCGAUUCCUGGCCGAGUCAUACCAAAAGACUGUAAAAAAAAUGGGACCCAGUGCGUCUCUCCUUGACACUCAGCAUUUAUGAGCUAGAUCGGGGUUAGAGUAGCGUCCUAUCCAGGGUGUGUAGGCCUACUUGAACACCAAGCUGCCUCACACCACAGAAACAGGAGAUAGGCUCCUGAUCCAGUUAGCCGUUCAAGGCUACUUGCACUGGAAAAUACAAGGCACACGGGAAAUUACUCCCGUCGAUGCAAAAUACACGAGCUCCACCGAGCUUCACUAACCUCCACAAUAAACAAUCACCCCACGCAGACAAGGAAGCAGAGGGAACACGUAUACCAUGACUAAUGAGGGAAUAAGGACCAGGUGUGUGUGAUUGAAGACGAGACAAAUGGAGUGAUGAUAAAUGGAUCGGCAGUGGCUAGAAAGCCGGUGACGCCGAACGCCGAAACCUGCCCGAACAAGGAGGGGAGGCAGCCUCGGCAGAAGUCGUGACAGCCUGCAGGGAUGUCAUCGACGUUCGUGUCAUGGUCCUCUGUAGCUCAGCUGGUAGAGCACGGCGCUUGUAACGCCAGGGUAGUGGGUUCGAUCCCCGGGACCACCCAUACACAAAAAAUGUAUGCACGCAUGACUGUAAGUCGCUUUGGAUAAAAGCGUCUGCUAAAUGGCAUAUUAUUAUUAUUAUUAUCAUGGUGCCUCGUUCCAGCAGGUAUUGACUAUUGAUUCUAACCCAAAGGAAUUGUUUAUUUACCUCUGAGUCUGUUUCUGCAGGUGACUCAUCUCUUUGACAAUGGAGGAACUGUGUUCUUUGCUAUCUUCAUGGCUAUAUGGGGUAAAUACAUUAUUCUGACAUUUUUCUCAGUCUCUCUCUGGUAUCCAUGUUUGAUACCAUUCCAUUCACACUAUUCCAGACAUUAUUAAAGAACAGAGUAGCAGCAUCACAUGAUGAGUGUAAAAGUUUGUGUGUGUGCGUGUAAUGUGUAUGCAUGUGUGUUUGAGUUGUGUCGGUGUGUGUUAUUUGUGUGGGAGUGUCAAUGUAGUGUGUGUGAAUGAGUGUGUAUAUGCUGUGUACAUACAGUGCCUUCGGAAAGUAUUCAGACCCCUUGACCUUUUCCACAUUUUGUUUCGUUACAGCCUUAUUCUAAAAUGGAUUAAAUAAAUAAAAAUCCUCAUCAAUCUACACACAAUACCCCAUAAUGACAAAGCGAAAACAGGUUUUUAGACAUUUUUGCAAAUGCAUAAGUAAGUUAAAAAACAGAUACCUUAUUUACAUAAGUAUUCAGACCCUUUGGUAUGAGACUCGAAAUUGAGCUCAGGUGCAUCCAGUUUCCAUUCAUCAUCCUUGAGAUGUUUCUACAACUUGAUUGGAGUCCGCCUGUGGUAAAUGCAAUUGAUUGGACAUGAUUUGGAAAGGCACACACCUGUCUAUAUAAGGGCCCCACAGUUGACAGUGCAUGUCAGAGCAAAAACCAAGCCAUGAGGUCGAAGGAAUUGUCCGUAGGGCUCCGAGACAGGAUUGUGUCGAGUCACAGAUCUGGGGAAGGGUACCAAAACAUUUCUGUACCGUUGGUGAUCAGGCCUGCCACCGUUGUGUCGUCAGUGUCUGGGAUGAUGGUGUUAAUGUGUGUCAUGACCAGCCUUUCAAAGCCCUUCAUAAUUACAGAUGUGAGUGCUACAGGAUGAUAAUAAUUUAGGCAGGUUACCUCGGAGCUCCUGGGAACAGGGACAACGGUGGUCAGUUUGAAACAUGUUGGGAUUACAGGCUGGGACAAGGAGAGAUUGCCAGCUGGUCUGCGCAUUCUUUGAGAACGCACCCUGGUAUUCUGUCUGGGGGCGGCCUGCCUUGUGAUUUGAUAACCUGUUUAAGCGUUUUGCUCACGUCGGCCACGGAGAGUCGAGAUCACACAGUCAUCCGGAAAAACGGGGGGGGGGCUUUCUCUCAGUUGAAUGUUCCAACGGCCCAAGAGAUUUGGUUAUUUUCAAUAAUUUGUGGGCAAACACACACACACACACACACACACACACACACACACACACACACACGCAACAUUUACCGUUACACAACUGUAACCAGCGGUAAAUUGAGUCUGCACACGGCUCCAAAAAUAAAUAAAUAACUUCUUCACCUGAGAAAUCAAGACAAUAACUAGAGCAAGAUACAUACUGUAAAAAUAAAAACUUUCUACAAAAUAAAUCUAUAAUGUUAAUUACUCUACGUCUCCUUGCCAUUGUCAUUAAUGGGAGAAACCUAUUUUUUGCAAACAUAUAAUGGGGGUCCUUGGUGGUUUGCCUGUUAGCCUGGGUGGGGGUCCUUGGUGAUUUGCCUGUUAGCCUGGGUGGGGGUCCUUGGUGGUUUGCCUGUUAGCCUGGGUGGGGGUCCUUGGUGGUUUGCCUGUUAGCCUGGGUGGGGGGGUCCUUGGUGUUUUGCCUGUUAGCCUGGGUGGGGGGUCCUUGGUGGUUUGCCUGUUAGCCUGGGUGGGGGUCCUUGGUGGUUUGCCUGUUAGCCUGGGUGGGGCGUCCUUGAUGUUUUGCCUGUUAGCCUGGGUGGGGGUCCUUGAUGUUUUGCCUGUUAGCCUGGGUGGGGGUCCUUGGUGUUUUGCCUGUUAGCCUGGGUGGGGGUCCUUGGGCAAGAAAAGGUUGUUCAUUGCUGUAAACAAGUAAUUAAAGAAGACAAUUAGAUUUCUAUACUAAAUGAAUCUGUCAGACUACUUUGAGUUAAUUUCUUUGAUUGGACUCUUUGGCUUACUAAUUUAAGUCUAACAGUAAUGAGUAAUUAAGCUGAGGAAUGAAACACCCAGGAGGGAGAAUCUGUGCGCCACACAGCACCACACUGAUGUUAGCUAACACCACACCUGGCUGUUGGACCGUGUCCCGGCAUCGUUCUCUAACACCUUCCCAAAGCAAUCUUUUAAUACCUCCACUCUGUCCAACGAGACUCCAAUAAAGUACGUGGAAAACGUCCAUGUGCGUCCAAAAUGGCACCCUGUUCCCUUUAUAGUGCACUACAUUUGAUCAGGGCCCAAUAGGGCACUGGUCAAAAGUAGUGCCCUUUUAUAUGGAAUAGGGUGCCAUUUUUGGACGAAGGCCCAGACUCCAUUACAGUGAAUGGGACGUUUCACUGUAGGCUACCGCAGCCAAACCCUAUACUGUACUGUGAAUCGAAUGUAAAGUUUAUUGCGUACACAGUUUAGUUGGUGUUAUAGCAGGUGCAGCAAAAUGCUUAUGUUGUUAGCUCCUAACAAUGCAGUUGUUUCCACCACUCCAGCCGACGCUUGGCAUUGCACAUGGUGACCUUAGGCUUGUGUGCGGCUGCUCGGCCAUGGGAACCCAUUUCAUGAAGCUCCCGACCAAACAGUUAUUGUGCUGAUGUUGCUUCCAGAGGCAGUUUGGAACUUGGUAGUGAGUGUUGCAACCGAGGACAGGCGAUUUUUUUUUUUUUUACGCGCUUCAGCACUCAACAGUCCCGUUCUGUGAGCUUGUGUGGCCGACCACUUCGCGGCUGAGCUGUUGUUGCUCCUAGACGUUUCCACUUCACAAUAACAGCACUUACAGUUGACCGGGGCAGCUCUAGCAGGGCAGAAAUUUGAUGAACUGACUUGUUGGAAAGGUGGCAUCCUAUGACGGUGCCACGUUGAAAGUCACUGAGCUCUUCAGUAAGGCCAUUCUACUGCCAAUGUUUGUCUAUGGGGAUUGCAUGGCUGUGUGCCAUUGCAUGGCUGUGUGCUGUGAUUUUAUACACCUGUCAGCAACGGGUGUGGCUGAAAUAGCAGAAUCCACUAAUUUGAAGGGGUGUCCACAUACUUUUGUGUGUGUAUAUAUCGUGUAUGUACACGAGGAAUUUACACAAGAUCUACUAAGAAUGAUAUGAACAGCAGUGUAUAUAUUAGAGGAAGUUAUGUCACGAAUCCAGUGUAUAAAUAAAUAUGUGGUGUGUGUAUAACUGUAUUGUUGGUUAAGGGCUUGUAAGUAAGCAUUUCACUGUAAGGUCUACACCUGUUUUUAUUUUUAUUUGAUUUAAACAGUGUAACUAAAAUACAAGGUAGAGUAGUAGAAAUAUUAUGAUGAGCUAUGUCAGGGAUACAGUAUUUAAAUACACAUUGUGAAACGGGAAGUGACCAGUGGUUCAAUGUCUCUAUAGCAUGGGACAGCAGCUGUGUGUGUGUGUGUGUGUGUGUGUGUGUGUGUGUGUGUGUGUGUGUGUGUGUGUGUGUGUGUGUGUGUGUGUGUAGAUGAGGGAAAGAACCCAGGCAUCUAAAGCCUGUUUUCCCCAUGUACUCUCCCUCUUUAAACAGAAGUGGUUCAAGCUCUAUUCAAGUUGAAUCUUGCUGCCCAUUUAAAAAUACAUUCGCAUCACUUUUUGAAAUCACCAUAUUCUCAUGUGUAUCCAAUGUUUCUGUGUUUAGGGAAUGUGCCGUAGAGUUAUUCCCCCUUGAGAAUUCAAAUAUCAAUGUGGGCCCUCCCAAAAUUGUCAAAGAUAUUGACUUUACCCCCUAGAGACGUCAGGCACCCCCAAGAGACAUCAGGCACCCCCAAGAGACAUCAGGCACCCCCAAGAGACAUCAGGCACCCCCAAGAAACGUCAGGCACCCCCAAGAGCUAUUAUUCCACUCCUUGCCACUCCUUGUCAUGCAAAACAUGACACGUCACGGAGUACAAGGAGCGGAAUAUUUGCAGAACAGGUUCAGGAUUUCAGGCUCUACUGGGAUAGAUCACUGAAGUCAUUCCAUGGAAGGUUGAUUGAUCCCUGUUCCGUGUUCUGUUGGAAUGUUGUCCCUGUAGCCACGGUGUUCCUGGAGUUCUGGAAGAGGAGGAGGGCGGAGCUGACAUAUGACUGGGACCUCAUCGACUGGGAGGAGGAAGAGGUUGGUCCAGUCAGAAAUAUCUGGUUUAUUCAUGUGAUAUCACGUCAGAGACACGUGUGUACAUGUAUGUAGACUAGUGUUCAGCCGUUUCUCAUUCAGCAAUAUCUGGUUGAUGUCAUACCAUAUUCAGCCAUUUCAAUGUCUCUUAUGAUACAGAAAAAGCAUUGACUGGAUGGGGGUAUCUAUGAUUGGGUGAAGUCAGAAAUAUCAGAGUGAUUGAUAAUGGAGUGUGUGUGUGUGUGUGUGUUUGUCCCAGGAGAAUCUGCGGCCCCAGUUCGAAGCCAAGUACUCCAGGGUAGAGAGAGUAAACCCUGUCUCUGGCAAGCCGGAGCCCUUCCAGCCCUUCACUGACAAAGUCAGCAGACUCAUGAUCUCUGUGUCCGGCAUCUUCUUCAUGGUAAGACCCUGUGGUCCUCUGUAGCUCAGCUGGUAGAGCAUGGCGCUUGUAACACCAGGGUAGUGGGUUUGAUCCCCGGGACCACCCAUACGUAAAAAAUUUAUGCACACAUGACUGUAAGUCGCUUUGGAUAAAAGCGUCUGCUAAAUGGCAUAUUAUUAUUAUUAUUAUAUUAUUAUAUAUGAGUUAUCAGGCUGUACUGUCUGUCUGUCUGUCUGUCUGUCUGUGUCUGGGAUCUCCUUCACAGGUAAGACCUUCCAUCACACAAAUAAAAAGGCUGUGGUGUGGAUCUAUCCUACACACUGCAGGGUUUGGGAUCAAUUCCAUUUCAAUUCAGCCAAUUCUAGAAGUACACUGAAAUGUUUUAAUUGAAAAUCUAAUUGGAACUGGAAUUUCGGUUUACUUUCUAAAUUGACUGAAUUGAAAUGGAACUGACCCCAACCCUGGAACACGGUUUACUACCUACCAGAGUGAUUAGCUUCUAUCAGCCUGCUACCGCCCCCUGGUGGAGGGGAUCCAUCACUGCAACAGCCACUCCUUGGAAACAGUUGACUCUGCCCCUCAGUAGUUGUGAUAUUGUUUUUCAUUGUUCAUUGUUGCUCAUCACUCAACUACAAUAAGGAAGUGUCUAGAGUCUGUGACAUGUAACAGUGACUCAUUGUUUAACAAUAUGACUCCAUAGAGUCUAGACGUUGUAAAUGUACGAUCCCAGACCCAGCCAGGAUGGCAUUACCCCAAAACUGACAGCUUCAAUACAUUAUCCUCAGAGGAUGAUGAUUUAUCUGACCGGUAUAGUUCUUCUUUCUAUUUCUGUCUGUCUCUCUCUUUCUCCCCCCCCUCCCCGCUUCUUUCUCUCUGUGUGUCCUCCAGAUCUCUCUGGUCCUGACGGCGGUGUUUGCGGUGGUGGUGUUCCGACUGAUCGUCAUGGAGAAGUUUGCAUCUCUCGACUGGGUGUUUGUCAAGAAGAACUGGCAGUUUGCCACCUCUGGCACCGGAGUCUGUAUCAACUUCAUGAUCAUCAUGUCUCUGAAUGUGGUGGGUGCAGGCCAAACCAAACCAUAGAAUAGUGUAAUUAUAUUUGAUCCACAAUCAGAAGAACAGAUGUCAUGUCCCUCAAUGUGGUGGAUGUCUGGCCAAACUAUUAAGCCAAGCCACCUCAUCCACAGUCGUGCAUGACUCCCGAGUGGCGCAGUGGUCUAAGGCACUGCAUCGCAGUGCUAGCUGUGCCACUAGAGAUCCUGGUUAGAGUCCAGGCUCUGUCGCAGCCGGCCGCGACCGGGAGACCCAUGGGCGGCGCACAAUUGGUCCAGCGUCGUCCAAGGUAUGGGGAGGGUUUGGCCGGCAGCGAUGUGGGUUCGUUUCCCAUGAGGGGCCAGUAUGAUUUUUUUUAAAUGUAUUUUUUAUUAAACAUGUAUGCAUUCACUAACUGUAAGUUGCUCUGGAUAAGAGCGUCUGCUAAAUGACUAAAAUUUAAAAUAAUGUUGCAUAUUGAUCCAAAGCCAAAUUGUAACUUUCUGUUCACCAUGUCUGUGAAUGUGGUGGGUAUCUGGGUUAUCUCUCUUCAGGUAUAUGAAAAGGUGGCUUACCUGCUCACCAAUUUAGGUGAGCAUAACCCUCAUUCGAUACACAUAUGCUUCAUUAACAGCUUCAGAGGUACAUGUCAACUUCUGUCAUCUCUCUCGCUCUCUCUCUCUCUCUCUCCCCCUCCCUCCCUCUAUCUCUUCCUCUGUCUCUCUCUCUCUCUCCCUCUCUCUCUCUAGAACACCCACGGACUGAGUCAGAAUGGGAGAACAGUUUUGCUCUCAAGAUGUUUCUCUUCCAGUUUGUUAACUUGAACAGCUCUACGUUCUACGUCGCGUUCUUCCUUGGAAGGUAACUAUUAGAAGGUCACCUUCUAAACAAGUGGUCCUCUGUAGCUCGCCCGGUAGAGCACGGCGCUUGUAACGCCAAGGUAGUGGGGUUCGAUCCCCGGGGACCACCCAUACACAAAAUAAAAAUGUAUUCACGCAUGACUGUAAGUCGCUUUGGAUAAAAGCGUCUGCUAAAUGACAUAUUAUUAUUAUUUGUAACAGACGGUUUUAUGGAAGCCGCCCUCAAUACAUUUAACAGCAGAAGUCCUACAAGCUCCCCCCCCCCCCUUUUUUUUUCCCAUUGCAGGUUAUCUUUUCUAUAAGAAUAAACCCGUUUUUAGAAUUACAUGAUUCCUCAAGAUUCCCCCGAAAUAAGUUGAUUCACCAAAUAAGUUUUCUGUGUGAGUAAGGUUCUGUGCAAGUUUCAAUCCCCCCCCACCCCCCCCCCCCCCCCCUCUUCACUCUGACCUAUGUUUAGGAGCUAAUAUCUUCACUCUGACCUAUGUUUAGGAGCUAAUAUCUUCACUCUGACCUAUGUUUAGGUUCGCCGGCAGACCAGGGAAAUACAACAAACUGUUCAAUAGUUGGAGGCUGGAGGAGGUGAGUGGAGUCAGGAAGCAACAAUAAAACUACGUCUGCAUCCCAAAUGGCACCCUGUUCCCUAUACAGGGCUCUGGUCAAAAGUAGUGCACUACAUAGGGAAUAGGGUGCCAUUCUCUGGUCUAAAGUAGUGCACUAUAUAGGGAAUAGGGUGCCAUUCUCUGGUCUAAAGUAGUGCACUAUAUAGGGAAUAGGGUGCCAUUCUCUGGUCUAAAGUAGUGCACUAUAUAGGGAAUAGGUGCAUUCUCUGGUCUAAAGUAGUGCACUAUAUAGGAAUAGGGUGCCAUUCUCUGGUCUAAAGUAGUCACUAUAUAGGAAUAGGUGCCAUUCCGGUCUAAAGUAUGCACAUAAGGGAAUAGGUCCAUUCUCUGGUCUAAGUAUGCACUAGCAUAGGGAAUAUGCCUUCUCUCUAAGUAGUGAUUAGGGAAUAGGUGCCAUUCCGGUUAACGUAGGCACUAUAUAGGGAAUAGGGUCUAUUCUUUUAAAGUAUUGCACUACAUAGGAAAAUUCCUUUGCCGUCUAAAGUAUCACCUCAUCUAUGGAAUAUCCGUUUUUGGUCUUGUAAGUGCCUAUAUAGAACAUUCUCUGUCAAAAUGUGCUAUUAGGAAUAGGUGUGCCAUUCUCUGGGCUAAUAUGACUAUGAGGUAGGGUCCAUCUCUGGUUAAAGUAGUGCAUUUAAGUGAAUAGGUCCUAUUUCAUGGGUUAAAUAGUGAAUAUAAUAGGGAUAGGGGCCAUUCUCUGGUCAAAGUAGUGCACUAUAUAGGGAAUAGUGCCAUUCUCUGUCUAAUAGUGCACUAUAUAGGGAAUAGGGUGCCAUUCUCUGGUCUAAGUAGUGCACUAUAUAGGGGAAAAGGGUGCCAUUCUCUGGGCAAGUAGUGCACUAUAUAGGGAAUGGGGCCAUUCUCUGGUCUAAAGUAGUGCACUACAUAGGGAAUAGGGUGCAAUUUUGGGACGCUACCCCGGUUAUUACACUGUUAGAGAUGGUUAUUAACAAUAAAACAAUAAUAAAGCAAUAAAGCAAUAAAAAAAGGUUAUUAUUUAAACACUGUUAAGGCUGCUAUUGCCUUUCCAUUUGAGGGGAGAUUUUACGGCGCACAAUAGCGAUUCAUCAUCUUAUUCGUUUUAAUUAUUACUUUUGCAUAACAUGUAAUAAUUCCUUUGCCCGUAAAAUUUCACCAUUCAUCUCUUUCGUAACUAAUCCGUUGUGGUUUGUAACGGUGCUAAAAACAAAACACUCAAAAUGAGCUUGAAAUGAGUAGCAGUCAUCGCCCAUGAAUUUGAGUUUGUCAUUUAAAAAGUGAUUUAAUGAAGCUCUCUCUGAUUUAGCAUGGGGUUAAAUAUGAAUAUAAUAAUUUGGGAUUGUUUUACUUAGUUUGAUUUUAUUCAGUGCCACCACAGUGGCAGGAAGUAUGGUUUCACUCAGUGAUUUGUAAUUAAUAGUUGUUUUUUUGUUAUUGUUUCUUUCUUUCAGUGCCACCCCAGUGGCUGUCUGAUCGAUCUGUGCCUUCAAAUGGGAGUCAUCAUGGUACUAAAACAGAUCUGGAACAACUUCAUGGAGUUGGGUUAUCCG